AUGACUUCAGAUCAUGACAGUAUAGAUGGUAUUGUUGAUUUGUUGACCAGACGAGAUAUCCUAUCGCAUGAGCGUGUUUUGAUCAAAAGUACCGUAGCAAUUUCAAGUGAUGAGGAGUUCUUGAGUGGUCCUUUAAAUCAAUUCCCAAUUAAAAAAAUUACUAUACCAGAAUAUACUAUUGAAAAAGCACAAGAUACACCAGGAUGUUGUUAUAUAAUGAGCAAAAGAGAUCCACAAGGUGAGAAAAAAAUAAAGCAAAAUGGGGAAUUAUUGUGUGGCAGAAAAUUUUUGUUCAAUACUUUUAAAUUGAAAACUAGAAAUAAUAAUGUUUUAGUCUUAGUUAAUGAUUUAAUUUCUUCCUUACAAUUGGAUUAUAAUGAAGAAAAAUUCUUGGAAGAAUAUAAUCAAUUGCUCCCGUUAGAAGCUUCUCUUUCUGAAAGAGAAUUCCUUAAAGAUAAAAAUUUAAUCCCAAUAGAUUAUCCAACUGAAAAACCUAUCAAGUUCAUUGUUGCAAGAGUUGCCUUUGUACAAUUUGGUGCCUCGAUUAUUGUUGCAGGAACAAGAAUAAUUGAUGAUUAUUGGGAAACAGUAGCUAAAGACGAAGGUUUUACAUCGCAUCACAGAGUCUUUAAGUUCACCGAUAAGUUAUUCAAAUUAUACCUUUCUUUACAACCGGGAUUCAACAUUACAAACAGUUCAAAUAAGAAUCACGAUGAAAAUUUAGAACUAAUUAACGAAAAUUCAAACAUCAAUUAUAAUUUAGAAGAAUUGGAGAAUCCUUCUUUAACUGUAAUUGAACAAACUUCGGCUGAUGUAAGAAAAGAGUACCUAGCUAGAUUCAGCAAAGGUGAACCAAUGACUUUUUCCGUUCCCGGACAAAAUAUUAAUGGUUCUCUUGAUAUAAGCAAUCAAUAUAAAAUACCCAAGUAUCAUAACAGAUAUUCAUUCCAACAGGCUACUCAGAUGAAUGCAAUGGAUUUGCCUAUCUUUGAAUCUCCGGAAUCAAUCAGGAAUAACGCUGAUAAUGAAUCUGAUUUGAAUUCACCAACUGUAAUGCCUUCAUCAAAAUCAAACUCGCCUUCAAUUCCAAUGCUUGAAAUUCAACAUCCUUCUACCACCAAACCAGUAAGACGUAUGGUAAGCUGUCUUUUGGAUAGUGGAAAUGACACUAAAUUCGAUAAAAAGUCUUCAAAAAGCGACUUGUUAGAUAUCUCUCAAGAAACAAAGAUAACAGAUGAUUCUUUAACUAUAAAUGGUUGGAAAUUCGGGAUUCUUCCUAUUUUAUCUAAAGAUAUGGAAACUACCAAUUCAACUAAAUAUGCAGCCUCUGGCUUGCCUUACUUUGAUAAAGAAAAACUAAUUCCAAGAUUGAAGAAGUUGACUCCAAAUCAAAUCAAGGAACUUGAACAUAUGCACGAUGCUGUCUCUGUUAGUGGUGGUUUACAAACUGCAAGAUCAGUACGACAGAAUAAAUGGUUCAAAUACUGGCAAUACAAAUCAGGUGUUCCAGUAGGUUUGAAGAAAUAUCAAUAUAAAUAUUUUAAAGAUGUUUAUUUAAAAGAAAUUUUGAGUAAAGAAACAUCAUAUACAGAAUAUGAUGAGGUAACUAAUACUGACAGGACGUACAUAACGGCAAAAAUUCCUGGGGCUAAUUUCUUAGAUAAUUCAAAUAUUAAAAAUUUUAGCCCACCAUAUGGUGUACCCCCAAAAAAAUUACAGAGCUAG